CUUCUUUUGUUCUUUUGGUCUUGUUCUCUCUCUCUCUCGUAUAUACACAUACACAGUAAUGCCACCGUCUUCCGGUCAACAGCAGCCGAAUAGAGCACAACAAGAUAUUCCAGACAUUUUUCUUUUAGAUGAACAGAAAAUACAGCCGAGUGAAACAACAGAAAAACAGGAACUCUAUGUCCUGCAGUGGUUGGCGCAGGUUGAAAGAGAGAGUAAAACAAUAGACGUGGAAACACUGAAAAAGGCACAGCCGGUACUUGAAAAAAGCUUGCUUCGACUUAUUUCACUCGCUUCAGCCAGACCACGCAGACCCAUUCGCUUUCUCAUCGGACGAUGCUACAUCAUCUUGUACACUCGAGGCGACACACGGACCCUAUUUGAUACAGUGACAGCACUUCAUAGUCUGAUUGCUGCUAAUAAAAAUAUUGACAAGGAGACAAAAAUUGCGGCUAUUUCAACAACAGGAGCUAUCAUGGGAGCGACUGGAUCGAAGGUUCUGUCAUUAUUUGCCGAGACAGCCACCUUGUUUUUAAAAGUGAUAAAGAAUAGCAAUAAUCCGCUCAUUUUACGGCUCGAAACCAUAGCUGCUUUUACUUUAUUGCUGAAAGGUGCCGGUAAAGCAGCAACUGAAUCCAUCUUGAAAGAUUUGAUGAAACAACUAAGACAUGGAUUGGUUGAUAAAGCCCUUGUGAUGCGAGCUGCUUCAGCACAGUGCUUGCAAUCUGUUAUUCAACACGCGUCUCAAUCAUUUACUCAAGUUGAAAUUGAAUCUCUCUUACAGCAUUGCUUCAAGGCAUUUGAAAACUCGACCUUUCCAGUCCGCCGAUCUGUCUCGUCAUUAUGUGCAACGAUUUUAUUAUUUACGCAAAGACCAGCUACAGUUGAUCCAGCCAAACCAAACAUCCGACACGCGGCAACAGGAGAAGAGACAGUGCCAACCAAAGCAGAAGAUGCGGUCAGCAGCAAGAGCGUGACACUGAUGUCAGUUGAAGACAUGCUCUCUCAGAUAUCUGGGUGCUACAACCGACCCAACAGUUCACGUGAGCUCAGGACAGGGUUGAUUGAGACUUAUGCAACCUUGUUUAUUUUGCUUGGAACGGAGUUUGUAGAGGCUAAUUACGAUACGAUCACCAAACAUAUCUUGUGUGAAAUAUUGGAUAAAGAACUAUCAGCGUCUGAUAGCGCGUACCUUCGAACCCAGGUGAACUUUCUUCUUCAUCACACGAUCAACAAGAAGCUCCUGAGUGAACAUGGACAGGCAUUUGCGAUUAAAACACUGACAAAUAGCUGGGUCAAAAAGUGGCCACCUCUGAUGGCGAACCAGGUGGCUCCAAGUAAACAGAUUUUGUUAUGUGUGACCAACCUGAUAUCACAGCUCGUAUCAGAACUCGAAGGAGCAGCAAGCUCAGUGCAAGAAGUCAUUGUUGAACCUCUCUUCGUUUUGCUAAGUCAUCCCAGUUUUGCGGUUCAGAUGGCUGCUGUAUGGUGCAUUCGAUGCUUUUGUAACGCAUGUCCUUCUAAUCUGCUAAAGCUUUUACCCAAAACGAUGAACUUAUUGGAAAAAGACUUGAGUAACUUGACCAACCCGGCAACGACGACCAAGACAUUUCAACGAACGAUUGCGUACGCGUACACUGCUGCUGCCAUCUUGAGUGUCUUUCCUGCUCAUCCCAUAUACACAUCAUUCGAAUUGAGUGCGCGAGCCAUGUCACUGUCAAGUCAACUGGUGAAACAAGUUCACAAGGACCCCAAGAUUGCCAGUGUUCAAGUACAGGUCGCGUGGACCUUGAUUGGUUCUGUGAUGUGUCUGGGGCCAAACCUUGUCAAGAUCCAUCUACCGCAGCUGCUACUGCUCUGGAAGAGCGCGUUGCCGAAACCAAGCGGUAAAGAAGUCAAUUCGAUUCGAUCCGAACCUGAGUGGUCCUUUCUGUUCCAUACCCGUGAAUGUGCGAUCAGCUCGAUCUACAGCUUUUUAUUGCACAACAGUCAAUCGCUCGUCACGCUUGAUAUCGCCAAACGUAUCGCUGCAUUACUCAACAACACGCUUGCAUUCCUGGCCACAGCACCUGUCACGUUUGCAGUCACUACGCUUUCACCCUGUGUGCCCUACGAAACAAGAUUGAUUGACCAGUCUUACUGUCUUCGCCGACGCAUCUUUCAAUGCUUCAUUACGCUCCGACCCCAUCUGCCGACUUACGAGUCAUCACUCAACAGUCUGCUGCGACACUCAUUGACAGUGUUCAUCGAGCUGGACAAAAUCUCUGCCUCCUCACGUGCUCAACAGCAAGUCACUGCUACUGUGCCUGGACAGUUUGUGAGUGUUUGGAAUAUAGCAGACGGGCAUGGAUGUGGUGUGACGAGCAAGAUGCGAGGAUACCAUGUCGAGAUUGUCUCUGCUGUUGAAGACACCUAUGAAGAAAUCAACCGUGGGAAAGAGUGGAUGACAAAGGACCGGUUUGAACGUGUUGAAGAGUUGCUAGAGCGGCCGAUGAUAGGUUCACUUGAGCUCGACCCAUUUUAUGCAUACACACACCAUGACGGCAAUAAAAAAAAAUCCUAUAUCCCUCAGCCUGUGUCGCCAUCGACCUCGUACGUAGACGCGAGUAUUGAGCUGUUUGCCACCUUAUUCUGUAAUCAGCCUACGCCUAUUCAAGAGUCCACGUUUGAACUGAUGGUCAAGGCCGUGAAGGACCCGAAACUCGAAAGAAACUCACCUCGUCGUGCGGCCCUCUUGGUCAAUAUCGUCGUUGCCUUAAUUGGCGCUUUCAAGCAUAUGGCGGUCUUAUCGAGAAAGAAGAAGGAGGUAAUUGGGCUGAGCCCGAAAGCGACACAACUGCUUCAGGAAAUCCUGAUGGAAGUCGUCACUCAUCCUGACCCUUAUUUAAGAAAUGUUGCAUGUGAAGCGAUUGGUCGUCUGACAAACAUUGUGGGUGGCACGUUUGUUGCCUCACAGAUGCAGAUUCUAGUAGACCUUGUCGUCAGUAACCGAGAUCCGGAUGUUCGAGCAGGAUGUGCAUUGGCGAUUGGAUACAUUUAUAGUCAUGUCGGCGGUAUGGCUGCUGCAACACAUCUGAAGACGAUCGUUGGUAUUCUGUUGUCGCUAAGCAGUGACCCGCAUCCGGUGGUCCAUGCUUGGGCGCUUGAAGCAAUGGCUAUGACGGUCAGUGCGGCCGGUUUGAUGUUUUCGAGUUAUGUCAAUAGUACACUCAGCAUGGUAGCCAAGUUAUAUCUUAGUGAGACACACGAGCCUGGAAGUGGGUCGAUUGCGGUCAGUAACGCCGGCAUGUCUGUUGGAUUUACGGCAUAUCAAGAGUUUGGACGUAUCAUUUACGAGCUCAUUGGCACCCUUGGUCCAGAACUGCAGGCUUCGCCCAAGGUGAGAGAGCUUUGCUUGAAUAUGGUCGAAGAACUCAAGUUGGAACCUGAUGAAAGAGUCAAUGUAGAAGCGAUUCGAUGUAUUCAACAUUUCUUGAUGUUUGCGCCCAAGUAUCUAAACGUUUAUGAUCUUGUUCCCUACCUCCAGCAUCAAAUCACGAGCCUUCAUUUACCACUGAAACGCGCAGCAGUCACCUGUCUGUAUCAAUUAGUACAACGUGAUUCAGAGCUUGUGUUUAAAGCAGCACAGCCUGGCCUUGAUAGCGAGUUGUUCAAGAUGCUUGACACCGAUCCACAGCUUUCUGAUGUCAAAAACGUUAUCCGCAACUGGCUACAGGAAACGGCAGUAGCCGAACCUUCGAUCUGGGUAAACAUCACAAAGCGUAUCGUGACAGGUACCACAGUUCCUACGUCAACAAAGUCGGACACACUGGACAAUGAUGCAGGUAAAAAGUCAUUUGAUGAUGAAGAAGAUGACGACGACGAAUUUGGGGAUGACGAUGCAGAUGGAUUUGUGGAUGAGGAUAACGCAGAUAUCACUACCACUGUAGCGGAUGCGUCUGGCUUGACGGCCAAACUCUCUGUCAAUGUCGAGAUCCCUCCUCGUUGGCGCACACAACUCUUUGCACUUGAAUGUCUUCAGCAGACAAUCGAGCUCGUGGCUGCAAGCGGUAUUCGCGAACACUUUGAUCUCAUAUUGGCACGUCGUCGUCGACAGCAGGCAGGGCUAGGCGACUACCUCGUCUUUCGUGUGCCUGAUCUCAUUCGACUUUCGUUUACAGCUGCAACUGCUCAUGUCAAUGAGCUCAGACUAGCAGGCAUUCAUCUGUUACGACUCGUGAUUGAAAAAUUUGCUACGACUGCCGAUGCUGAUCUGGAAGAUAUGUUGCUCCUUGAACAGUACUCUGCACAAAUUGGCGCUGCACUGACACCUGCCUUUGGUGUUGACUCAUCUUCAGAAAUCGUUGCAGCUGCAGUAAAAGUAUGUGCUAUCUAUGUAGGUAGUGGUAUUGUCAAGGACCUGUAUCAACUGGGUCGUGUGCUAAAGCUCUUGACAUCUGCGCUGGAUCGCUGUAAAGGAGAAACAAAAUUAACAGGCGUAGGAGAGGUCAAAGACUUGAGUUCUCAUGCUUCGGUUAUGGUCAAAUUGGCCGUCUUGAAUGCUUGGGCCGAACUUCAAGUCGCAAGCCAAAAACAAGGUUAUCUCAAGCAGAUACUGCAGCCCAACUUGAGCGUCCUGUCGUCCAUGUGGCUCCGUUCCCUACAGGAUUAUGCGCGCAUCCGUUUAGAAUCAGAUAUUGUCGCGCUGUCAAAUCGUAGUGAACGUAUUCAAACGGCAUCGAAUAGCAGCAUUGAUUCAAUGUAUUCAGCUGCUACAAAAGACGUCGUGCUACCGUAUUACCGUCGCUCAUGGCUCAAGAUUAUGGAAGCAGUGGCAACCCUAGUUGAAACGCAAACACCGGCCAUGCUUGAAGCGAUAGCAAAUAAUCCUGACUCAAAAGCGGAUGGACAGGCGUCUAAUCUGUUUUAUAUUCUGUUUGGGCUCUGUAUCGAGAGUUUGUCACGCGCGUCCAGCAGCAGCAAAACCGAUUCGACAACCAUUCCUACCUGUCUGCGUGCCCUCCGUACCUUCAUUCAGCCUUCUCUUGCGGGUAAUCAGUUUGUGCCAAAAGCAGUCUUUUUGGAGCUGAUGAAUGUAUUUGAUCGUCUCAUUCGAACAGAGAGCUACAAGAUUCAAAUGAUCAUUGUUGAAACCGUUCAGCGGCUAGUUCAGAAUUAUGGUGCCUCGUAUCUGUGCGAUGACCUGGAGAAUGUUUCUUCUGAAUCCAAUGCGUUUCCAAUCACAUCAAAGAUGUAUUAUAUUUUGAGAGUCCUCAUCAACGUCUUUCUUCAAUAUGUUCCUGGGCUAUCAACCAAGCGAACGUCAUUGCCGCCCUCUGACGCUUCGGAUAACUUAGCUAUACUGCUUAGCUUUUCGCUUGAUUCAUUUGCUCAGUUGGUAGGAAUCACGCCUAGGCAAUACAAGGUUGAUCUCCUGGCUGUCUGUCUACGGGUGUUCUCGGAUAUCUUUACAAACGAGAGAUUCAUACAGACCCUAGCGCCCCGUGCGCUCGUGUCAUUAAAGACUGCCGUUUUCAACUUUGAAUCAGACCUGUCGCCCACAGAUGUUGUAUAUUUAUCAAAGAUUAUUACAGCAACAACGUAUACGCUCUUGGGAGACUUUUCUUCGCUACAAUAUGAAAAGGAAGAACUGACAACUGCUUCACAAAAGAAUAGGUUAUUAGCUACAGUACUGGUGAUGACAGGUUGUCCUCAAGCCACUUUACAUUCGACAGAAUCAAGAGCUCAGCUUAUCAAAGUGCUUAAAAUGUGCUUACCGUCUAACAAUGCCGAGCUAUCUGCAACAGCUCAUCAGUGUGUCCGUAACUUUAUCUCGCUUCCUGAAAAGAGGAAUAUCCUGUCACUGGCUACUCUAGGACAGGUCAUGGCUAGCUCUUUAUUAUCUUUUACUAUCACUCGCAUUGUAGCAGCCAAACAUACCGAUGACACGCUUCCUGCGCUAAAUGAAAAUAUCAAGACUUUGCUGACACUUCUGAACAGUGUUCAAGAAGAACAACAAUAUUCUGUUCUUUGCAUUAUUUUACCCACACUAACCAUCUUACUGGAUGAUCCUCCAUACAAUGGAACCGAAUCCAAGGCUCAUGAUGCAUCAUUGACGCAUCUACUCUCGAUUGCUACCAAUAUGCCUGCAGUAUUCCGUGAGACCGUAUUAAAUCUACCUCAUCAUAUUCGCACCAAACUUGAAUCGGCUAUGCGAUACAGUAUAUUAGAAAAACAAAAGCAGCAACAAGAACAACAGCAGCAAAUAAAAGAAGAGCAACAGCGUAGAGCAAUGAAUGAAGAUCAUAAGCAACCAACGAUUGCGCUUAAAAUGGACUUUAGUCAUUUUGGAUAAUGAUGUGUACAUAACAUACAGAGUUAAUUAGAAUUUGAUAACGUAUUUACCUUAAAUAAAAAUGGG